AUUGAGCAAUUCUUGAUACACAACUCUGCCCCACAAUACCAUUUACUUAGGCUUUGUUUGGAUAUGAAAUGAUGUAAUUGAAAAGAAGUGAAACUAUAUGAAGGUGAAAAGGACAGAAAUAAAUAAAAACAUAUGAAUUUUCUUCAUACCCAGACAAGGAAAGGAAGGUUAUUAUUAUUAUUAUUAUUAUUAUUAUUAUUAUUAUAGGAUGUUAAAUUACGACUAUACCCUUGUUAGUUUCUAUUACAAUUCAGCUGAUUUCUCUGUCACGGUCCAUUUGUUCCGACUUCUAAUCAAAUGCUUGCAAAGCUCCUCUCAUGGCCUCACAAAACCCUAACCAAAACCCCCAUAUCUUCUCCAUUUAGUUGUUUCUCUCGUUUCAUAAGCCAUACUUUCUCUAAUGACCCAUAUGACCCUCCAUUUACUAUCACCUCCAAGCCGACGAAAUCCAAACACAAACCCAAAAAGACGCCCAAAAGCCCUACGGAGCCGAUUGAAAACCCGAUUAAGGACCUGAAACUCCCAUCAAAAUCUAACCUUCCUUUUGACUUCCGAUACUCAUACUCGGAGUCCAACCAGCCCAUUGAGCCAAUUGGGUAUCGUGAGCCGAAGCGAUUUUCGCCGUUCGGGCCUGGUCGUCUUGAUAGGAAAUGGACAGGAACUGCAGCUCCGGUCCAAUCGGAGGUAGAUAUGGAAAAGGUAACAGAGGAGAGGAAUCGGACUCUUGGGGAACCGCUCACGGAGGAGGAGGUGGCGGAGCUCGUGGAGCGAUAUCGGCACAGCGAUUGUUCCAGGCAAAUUAAUCUUGGGAAGGGGGGAGUUACUCACAACAUGUUGGAUGACAUUCACAAUCAUUGGAAGAGGGCUGAAGCUGUGAGGAUCAAGUGCUUGGGAGUGCCUACUCUUGAUAUGGACAAUGUCUGCUUCCAUCUUGAGGACAAAUCUGGUGGAAAGAUUAUCUACAGGCAUAUCAAUAUCCUUCUUUUAUAUAGGGGUCGAAACUAUGAUCCAAAGAACAGGGUUAUUAUACCUCGCAUGUUGUGGAAGCCUUAUGCUCCCAUAUAUCCAAAGCUUGUCAAGAAUAUAGCUGAUGGCCUGACGUUUGAAGAAACAAAAGAAAUGAGAAAUAGAGGACUAAAUUCUCCCGCCCUAAUGAAACUGACCAGGAAUGGUGUGUAUGUGAAUGUGGUGGAGAGAGUGAGAGAGGCCUUCAAGACUGAAGAGGUUGUGAGAGUAGAGUGCACCCAUGUUGGCACCAGCGAUUGCAAAAAGAUAGGUGUGAAGCUAAGGGAUUUGGUGCCUUGUGUUCCUAUUUUAUUCAAGGAUGAGCAGAUUAUACUCUGGAGAGGCAGAAGAGAUCAGGAACUGGACUUAUAACUUCUUUAAGCAGACCUUUACAUACUUGAGCAGGUUAUAAAAUUGGCAAGGUGGGAUUGCUGCAUAGCAAAUUUUGAGUCAGCUGCAGAUUGGAGUUGCUGUUCCUUCCUUGUACUUGACAGCGGGGAUUUUGCUUUUUCUGCUUAGAGGCUGAAGUCUUCUUGUAUAUUGGUGGAUUGACCUGUUGUCUGACAUGUGUUAUCUUGUUCAAAAUUGCACUAGAAUCUCAAUUGUAAAAUAAUCUGGAUGUCCUUGAUUUUUGCACGCACGUAUAGAAAUCAUGAAUUUUGUUGUCUAAUUACAUGAAGAUAGGUGAGAUUAGAAUCUAAACUUCUGUAUCGUAGACAUUGAUUAUGAAUCAGAUAGGGAGACAGGGCAGAAAUUCGCUGUCCUGGAGCACCCAACUGUUAAAGAGGGUCUGAUAAUUACGGGAAUUGUUAAUUUACAUGAGAAA